GUUUAAAAAAACAAUCGAAAUAAAAUCACAGAAAAAGGGGGACACGUCACCCCAGCAAUUACUCAUGUAGUCAUCACCGAUUGACGAAGCCUAUACUGGCACCGUUCGAUCUGAAUCAUCUGUCCUCCGUACGCCAAGUCUCCGUUCUGAGAUAUUCCCUUUCCCCUUCCUGAAACCGCGAGACCCAAAAGACGGUGACAAUAUCUACUAGCGGAACAAAACCGUAGUCAUGGGUCGGGUGGCAGAUAUGGCGGGAGACACGGAGUCCUAGACCGCCGGACGGAGCACCUGAGACCCAUCCAGCAGUCCCCUUUUAGCAUCAGGACGGAGCCAUGUCCAACGCCUCCUUGGAAUGCCACAUGGCAUUAUCCCAUGGCUCGAAAAGGCUUAGCAAGAGCGUUGCGAUUGACCCGGAUCGGAUCUUCCAUAUUGCAAGGGCUGGUGGCGAGCUUGUCUACGCAGAACGGAGGAAUAGGCGCAAACAAUGCCGCCUGCGUGGGGGAGCAUGUUUGAACAAAUGUUACAGGAUCGCUGGUCACUGUAGUAACAGAUCAAUUGCUGCGUCUCGAGCGUCAGUUGGCAGGGAAGAUCCGACAUUAUCCAUCAGACGACCUCGGUUGAGUCGUGCAGAUGCCGGCUUUAGAGAUAUAGUUGAGUGGCCUAUCGCCAGGGACUCCGGAGACUACGUGCCGUUGCCGGGUACUGGAGGUGGCUGGCCGGGACGAUUGACGCGGUCAAUAUGUGGAAUUAUAGCCUUCAGCUUCCCCGGACGAUGGUACUUUAAGAAUGGCCAGGUCCCCAAAUAUGUAUAUGAGAUAGGUGCUUUGAAGCAAGCAGCUACUACUUAUCUAUUCUCCUCUCAGUUCGUGGGCCGGUUCGUCACAACUGGCGGUGGUUGCCAUGUUGGCGGUCAGCCACCCGCGACACGCUAUGGAUAUGGAGUUCUGGACAACAAGAAGUUGCAUGAACUCUUGACCGUAUUUGUUAGCGUCUUGGAUUUCCCCGACCGACUCUUCCGCCUGGAUGCUUGGACCUCACUACGCAAGAGUGGAAGUCAGGGGGUGUCAUCGACCGUCGAGGGACCGGAUGAGGUCAUUCACAUUCCUUCCAAGGCACUUGAUCUCGCAGUACCACCCUCGGUACACGUCACAUCACCCGCGUGUCCGAUUUGUGAGCUCGACGGCGUAGGAGUGAGUGUCCCUCGCGCCCUCGAGACCCUGAGCGGGAUGGAUAAUACCAACGACCGCAAAGUCAGAGGGAAGAAAAAAGACGCGGCCCAACCCCUGGACACCCCUGCUAGAGCCCGUCUAACGAUCACUAGAGGCGGAGACUAA